GCAAUCAACCUGGAGCGAAGCAUGUUUGUGCUAUCUCCCCUGCCGGGAGCAUAAGUCUCCGACGAGGACAGAGGCACCAGCCGGCCAAUGCCGACGUCUACCGCCGCGUCCUGCGUCAACUCGCCGUUGACGCUGGCCAUCCGCGCCGCCGCCGACCAGGGCCGCCCUCGCCGGGCGAUCGCGCUCUACGUCUCGUCCUUCCGCUCCGACGCCGCCGCCCACCGCUCCUGCCCCUUCGCCCUCGCCGCCGUCCUCAAGUCCGUAUCCCGCCUUCCCGCCCACGCCUUGGCCGCCGCCUCCUUCCACGCCCACCUCCUCCGCCUCGGCCUCCUGGCGCACCCGUACCCGCACGCCGCGCUCGCCCACCUCUACUCCCGCGACCACCCGGACGCCGCGCGCAGCCUGCUCGACGAAACGCCUCCCGCGGGGGCACGGUCGGCGCACUCCCUCCUCGUCUCCCGCAACUCGCUCCUCGCCUCCCUCCUCCGCUCCGGUGACCUCCCCGCCGCGCGCGCUCUGUUUGACCAGAUGCCCGUAAGGGACGUCGUGUCCUGGAACUCCAUGGUUGCUGGCCUCGCCAAGGCCGGCCGGCUCGACUGCGCCAUCGAGCUCUUCCACCAGAUGCCCGAGCGGAACGCCGCGUCCUGGAACGCUGUCAUGUGCGGGCUCAUCGCCCAUGGCCACCUUGCCCGAGCGAGGGAGUGGUUCGAGCAGAUGCCCGUCAGGAGCAAUGUCUCCUGGAUCACGAUGAUCUCCGGGUAUGCCAAGGCUGGUGACGUCCAAGCUGCUGCCAGCCUGUUCGAACGGAUGGAGAACCAGAACGACCUUUAUGCGUGGAACGCGAUGAUUGCGUGCUACGGGCAGAAUGGUUGCGCACGGGAGGCUAUUUCUGUUUUCAUCCGGAUGCUCAAGCCUCAUAUCUGUGUGCUGCCCAAUGAGAAGACUUUUUCGUCUGUCAUCUCGGCUUGCUCACAGCUGGGGAACCUGAGGUUUGGGCUGUGGGUCGAGAGCUUCAUGUGUUCCUUGGGAAUUGAACUCGAUGAUCACCUGCGCACCGCUCUUGUAGAUCUGUACACCAAGAGUGGCCGGAUUGAUAAUGCCUUUAAAUUGUUCAGAGGCUUGAGGACAAGGGAUGUGGUGUCUUAUAGUGCAAUGAUUGUGGGCUGUGGGAUGAAUGGCAAGUUAAGCGAAGCUAUUGGUCUGUUCAAGGAGAUGUCCGAUGCAAAGAUUGUCCCAAAUGCAGUCACCUUUGUGGGAUUGCUGUCUGCAUACAACCAUGCUGGGCUAAUGGAAGAAGCUCGAGCUUGUUUUGCUUUCAUGUCAAGCAAGUAUAAUAUUAGACCUUCCAUGGAACACUACACCAUCAUGGUAGAUCUUCUUGGGCGCAGCGGAAAGUUGGACGAGGCGUUUCAGCUGAUCAUGAAGAUGCCGAUGCAGCCACAUGCUAGUGUUUGGGGUGCUUUGCUUCUUGCUUGCCGGUUGCACACCAAUGUUGAGCUUGGGGAAAUGGUUGCUUCCAAGUGCUUUGAAUUGGCACCUGGAGAGAGUGGAUAUUACAUACUGUUGGGUAACAUAUAUGCACAAGCAAACAAAUGGGACAAGGUUAAGAGUUUAAGGAAGACAAUGAUGGAAAUGGGCUUGAGUAAGAUGCCUGGGAGUAGUUGGGUGCAGGCUGCAUAAAUUCAUUCUGUAUUGAUCUUGCUCAUUUUGAUGAAUUGGGUGCAGAUAAUGGAUUCAGUUGAUUCUGCUGGCUCCUGCUUGGGUGGCUUGAUGCAUUCAUCUUGGUACCUGAGAAAUUUUGAUCAUUUCAAAUUUUCCCCCCCUUCAGGAACUAUAUCUGGAGAAGGUAUUCACUGCAACGUCAGUAAGAUGAACCAGGAGAUUGGCAUGUCCACUUAGUUGUGCCAAAAGAGGUGCCUCACUGCCAGUAUGAGCAACAGUACUUGGCAAGUACAUCGUGAGAGUAUCUGGUUUCUACUCGUUACUGAUCUGGCUCUAAUAUUUCCAUAUCUCAAUCAAACUACAUCACAUUAGAAGUCGGAGAAGAAUUUGGAUUGGAAUUUUCUCGAUCACGUAAUGUAUUUCAUCUUCAGACGCCUCUCAGCAAUGUGUUCCUAGCGUGGUCAAGAAGAAGAAUACCAAAAUAUGUCCAAUCCCCGGCACAUCGUUCAAGCACUUCCGUCGGCUACCAAAUAGCGGCAGCUACAAGUUCUUUAUUUCGGUCCUUUUGUUGUAGUGUAUGAGGGGCAGUGAUGUUUGCUUGCCCUUGAACUAUUAUGACAAAUUUGAUCAAAUACUCUGCUACGUACUGCUACUCUGGUUCAUAAAAAGUGUCCGUCCAUUUUGUACGAAGUUUGUCAAAUUUUGUACUAAGGGGACGACACUUUUUAUGUAUCGGAGGGAGGGAGUACUUAUCUACUAAAUGUAAUUGUCCUGUGGUUGAACUUUUUCUACCCUAGGUGUAGGUAGCACUAAUCUGCGUCGUGUUCGAAACUGGAGACCUCAUGUAAGCAUGUAUGCUUGAGUGUGAGUGACUGAGCGUGAUCGUAGGAUGACUGAUGUCUACGUUGAA